UGGAUACUGGGUAGAGAAUGGGGAGAAAGGGGUGAAACACAGUGAAGCCCCUGUAGUAAGAUAGAAGAGAAGCCAGAGAAAACAUUUCAGAAAGAAGUAGUUAGCAUUGAAAGCUUGUAAAAAGUGGUUCAAUCAGAAUACACAUGAUAAGAUAUCUAAAAUACACUUUGAGAUGCGUGGACUUUUACGAGGCACUUUAUAUUGUGGACUAUGGUAUGGCAGUGUAAUGGCUGGCUUUUUAUUUAUUGCUUGUCCUAUGUUACCACUGUUAUUCUUCAGUCCUCCGUUAUUUCGAAAAUGUAACGACCUCUUAUUUUCCUGCUGGGAACUUUAUUCCACAGCUCUUUUAAAAGUGUUUGGUGUAAAAAUUUUGGUAUCAGGAGACCAUAUAUCUCCAACUGAAUCUGCUAUACUUGUAAUGAAUCACAGAACACGAGUAGAUUGGAAUUUUUUGUGGGCUGCUAUGUACCAGGCAUGCUUACCCAGUAUAGCAACUCAUAGAUUAAAAUUUGUUUUAAAAGAUCCUAUUCGACACAUUCCUGGUCCAGAGCAUACAUCCCAUGAAACGAUAUUGGAGAUUUUAAAGAACUAUUGUAUAACAGGAUGGAUAAUGCAAAUGAAUGGCUUCCUUUAUAUAACACGACGCUGGGAAGAAGAUCAGAGUCGCCUAUCGCGUACCCUUGAUUAUUUAGUAGCACUGGAUAGACGGUCACAAUUACUUAUAUUUCCAGAGGGUACCGAUCUCACAAAAAAUAGUAAAGAAAAAUCAGACAGAUACGCUUUGCAACAUAAGCUACCACAAUAUUCGUUUACUCUUCAUCCAAAAACAACAGGGUUCAGUUAUUUAGUUCAACAUCUUCAACAAGCAAACUACGUUGACGCUGUUUACGACUUAACGAUCGCGUAUCCUGAUUAUGUUCCGCAAUCUGAACUAGAUUUAAUCAAAGGUAAAUUACCAAAUGAAGUACAUUUUCAUAUUAAACGAAUACCCUCGGCGAACAUGCCAAGGCAUGAUUCGACAUUAAGACGAUGGUUGGAAAAAAGAUGGUUCGAUAAAGAAGAAGUUUUAAAACAAUUUUAUGACAAGAAAUCAUUUUCUGCUGAUAUCUGGCCUUUGACAAAACAAUUUCCUUUGCAAGUCGCGCUAUAUUUUUGGAGCAUUUUAACAGGUGCUGCAGUUCUUUUGCUUAUUGUUUCACCGUUAUUCCAAUUAUGGACAUUUGUUCUAUCAUCUUUCUUUGUUGCAUUAUCAUUUUUCAGUACUGGUUUUAAUCAGGUUGAAACUGGAUGGUAUUGGUGUUGGAAAACUCACUUCCUUAAACAAAAACGUAGUUAAUAAGAUUUUCGUAAGUGGUAUUUAUUUCUUUAAUGUCAUUAUAAAUGUAUUUAAAAUUCAAAAAUAUUCAUUAUAUUUAUGAAUUUUAAAUGUAACAUAGUUUGUCUAGUCUUUAAAUGUAAGUAGGGAUUUUCAAUUUUAACAAUUUUCGGUAUCACGAAAAAUAACAUUUAAAUUAGAAAUCGUAAGUGGUAUGGCAAGAAUUUAAAUCAGAAAAUAGUGACACUUGGGAACACUUAUUUUAUAAAGUAAAAAGUAUUAUACAAAACUAAAUGAGUUAAUAUAAAAGAAAAAUUGAUCUUCAAUAUUGACUGAAUGCUUUAUAUUCUCUUAAUAUAAUAACGAUACUAGUUCAAAAUUAUAAAACAAAGAAUUUUAUAUAGUACGUGAACUGGAAAGAAUAACGGAACUGCAAAAAUUAUAGUGGAUUUCUUUUAACAUUGUAACAAACAUUAACCUUCUGUAGAUUACCCUUCUUUUAUAGAAAUUUUACAUUUUGGAUUUCUAGUUACAGUGAAGAAUUAUAUAUACUGUAACAAUAAUUUUUUUUGCCUGAGGAAUUAUUGAUGUAACUACAAUUUGCUACUAUAUACUUUUUAACAGUAUAAGUGCAUUGUAUAUUCUUAUUUUACAUAUAUAUGUAUUGUGAACUACGGAGGGUUAAAAUUAAAAUCAAAUUAACAAAUUUUUUAAAGAAAAAUAUUUUGCUAACUCAGAUUUUAUGAGGUGUUAUCCUCUUAAUACGUUCAGUAUUAAUACUUAUACAGUGUGUGUUUCCAUAUUAUCGAUAUAUUUUUUCAGAAUCAAUCUAAUAAAGGAGCAUAUUAAAAAAAAAUUUCUGUUGCAGUAAACUAGAGUCGAUAUUAAAUUCAAUUUAGAGACUAUACAUAAAUGAACGAUAAGGUGUUGUUAGGGAUUUUGAUAUAUAAACAUUUUUCGUUACUUUAAUAAGUAAAAUCGAUUCUGAAAAUAUCUUCCAGUAAUUUGAAAACAUCUUGAGUGUAAAGCUCGUAUAUGAAAUUUUAUGUAAAAGUAGUUACUUUAUACAGAUUUAAAUGAUAUUGGUAAGACUAUAAACAUAACAUUAGAAUUUUAUUCAACAGAAUUGAUUUAAUGCCAGGAGAAGACAUUUUUAAAUUGAAUAUAUUACAAUAGUACCUUAUACCUAUAAGAUCGUGUUGUACAAAUAUCUGUGAGAGUUUACUGUUCAAAAUAUUAUAAUACUUUUUAUUCAAUGUAGUUAGUAUUAUGAUGGAUUUUAGAAAAAGGGUUCUUGCUGUGUUCUAAUAGUAGAAUACAAUAACACAACUAAAAAAUGUGUUGGUAGAAUCUAAACUGUUUGUAAAUGUGUACGUUCCAAUCGGAAAAUGAUACUUUCUUUAGAUAUGUAUAAAAUAUAGACUAUUUUGAACAUUUUCCAAAGAAGGAAACGAGACAAACAUGUCGGCAAACUUCAGAUUUAUUUGAAGCCUAGGGUUUUGCUCAUCACUAAAUACAGUAGCCAUCUAUUUUAAUUUAUGGAAUUACGAUUUUACAUUUUGAAUUUUUUUCAAAAUUCACAGUGUAAUUAGUGCCUCAUUAUCUCAUAUUCUGAAGUAUAAAUGUACAUACAUACUCGUUUAAUAAAAUUGUUUUGCAAGAAAUUACAAGUUUCCGUAAAAGAUAAAGUAUGAGAUAGUUACGCACUUACAAUGUUAGGUAAUUUAAAAACUUUACAAUCUUUUAUUUAUUAAAUAAGUCAACAUUUGACGAACAACUUUACAAUGCUCCCUAUGUAACAAAGUAUUAUAACCCGAAAAAUGCUUUAAACAGAAGCAAAAUGUACGUAAAGUGUAUAAACGGAACGUGUAGGACGAGAUAUAAUUUUAGAUAAUUUGGUUUUUAUUAGUAGCUGAAAAUCUAUUUUUCUAUAGUUGGUAAAAAAGUUAUAAACGUAAGUAAAAGUGAAUUCAUGUGCCAAAGAAAUAUGUGUAUUAGUGUAUGUUCUAAAGAAGUGUCGAUUAAAAAUAUUUGUGGUUCUCAAUUAAUAUAAGAGUUCUACUUCUAUUAAUUUCCAGAAAAAUAAAUGUAAAUAAAAAAAAGUAAUUAAAUCAUUUCGAUGUAUUCCAUGCUGUGACUAAUGUAGAAUUUUAUCAUUGUAUAAAUGUUAUAUAGUUAUAUACAA